UGAAAGGGCAACCAGGGCUCCGGCUGGCAGUGGCGAUGGCGGCGUCCUUGCGCCAGGUGGUCGCGGGCAGCUGGCGGCAGCCGGAGCGACACCUGCUUGCGCUGCAGUGUGCAGCACGCCAUUCAAGAUGGUGCCUUAUAACGUCACGUACAUUCUAUACAGCUGAAUAUGAUCCCAAUGAAAAGACAUUUGAGAAACUCCUUAUUGCCAACAGAGGAGAGAUUGCUUGCAGGGUGAUUAAAACAUGCAAGAAGAUGGGCAUUAAAACUGUUGCUAUACAUAGUGAUGUUGAUUCCAGUGCUGUUCAUGUGAAAAUGGCGGAUGAGGCUGUCUGUGUUGGCCCAGCUCCCACCAGCAAAAGCUACCUCAACAUGGAUGCCAUCAUGGAAGCCAUUAAGAAAACCAGGGCCCAAGCUGUCCACCCAGGAUAUGGAUUUCUUUCAGAAAACAAAGAAUUUGCCAGGCGUCUGGCAUCAGAAGGUGUCACCUUUAUUGGACCUGACACACAUGCUAUUCAAGCUAUGGGAGACAAGAUUGAAAGCAAAUUAUUAGCCAAGAAUGCAAAGGUCAACACAAUCCCUGGCUUUGAUGGAGUGGUCAAGGAUGCAGAUGAAGCUGUCAGAAUUGCAAGGGAAAUUGGCUACCCUGUCAUGAUCAAGGCCUCAGCAGGUGGUGGUGGGAAAGGCAUGAGAAUCGCUUGGGAUGAUGAAGAGACCAGGGAAGGCUUUAGAUUUUCAUCUCAAGAAGCUGCUUCAAGUUUUGGUGAUGAUCGACUAUUGAUAGAAAAGUUUAUUGAUAACCCUCGCCACAUAGAAAUCCAGGUUUUGGCAGAUAAGCAUGACAAUGCUUUGUGGCUGAAUGAAAGAGAGUGCUCCAUUCAAAGAAGAAAUCAAAAGGUUGUGGAAGAGGCACCAAGCACUUUUCUGGACGCUGAGACACGAAGAGCAAUGGGAGAACAAGCAGUAGCUCUUGCCAAAGCAGUAAAAUAUUCCUCUGCUGGAACUGUAGAAUUCCUUGUGGACACCAAGAAGAAUUUCUACUUUUUGGAAAUGAACACUAGACUUCAGGUUGAACAUCCCAUCACAGAAUGCAUUACUGGCCUGGACCUAGUCCAAGAAAUGAUCCGUGUUGCUAAGGGUUACCCUCUCAGGCACAAACAAGCUGAUAUUCCCAUCAACGGCUGGGCGGUUGAAUGUCGAGUUUAUGCUGAGGAUCCCUACAAAUCUUUCGGUCUGCCAUCUAUUGGUAGAUUGUCUCAAUACCAAGAACCACUACAUGUGUCCAAUGUACGUGUUGACAGUGGCAUACAAGAAGGAAGUGAUAUUAGCAUUUAUUAUGAUCCCAUGAUCUCAAAACUAAUUACAUAUGGCUCUGAUAGAGCUGAAGCAUUGCAAAGAAUGGAAGAGGCUCUGGACAAUUAUGUAAUUCGAGGUGUGACUCACAAUAUAGCUUUACUGCGAGAAGUGAUAAUCCAUCCACGCUUUGUUCGGGGGGAUGUCAGCACUAAAUUUCUUCCCGAUGUGUAUCCUGAUGGCUUUAAAGGACACAAAUUGACAGAUCUUGAGAAGAGGGAACUACUGGCAAUAGCAGCUUCUUUGUAUAUGGCUGAACAACUGAGAUCACAGCAAUUUCUAGGGUCUCCAAGAAUUUCUCUUGCUAAGCUGGAUCUGAACAACUGGGAGCUGUCGGUACAGUUAGAAGACGGAACUUACUCUGUUACAGUUUCAAACAACGGGUCAACAUUCUCUGUGGAAGUUGAUGGGAUGAAACUAAAUGUGACCAGUGAGUGGAACCUGGCUUCACCCUUAUCGUCUGUCACCAUUGAUGGCACUCAGAGGACUAUACAGUGCCUCUCUCGAGAUGCAGCUGGAAACAUAAGCAUUCAGUUUCUGGGCACAGUGUACAAGUUACGAAUACUGACCAAGCUUGCUGCAGAGUUGAGUAAAUACAUGCCAGAGAAAGCAGUGGAGGAUACAACCAGUAUUUUGAGAUCACCGAUGCCUGGAGCAGUGGUGGCGGUUUCUGUAAAGCCUGGGGACUUGGUCUCAGAAGGGCAGGAGAUUUGUGUAAUUGAAGCUAUGAAAAUGCAGAACAGUAUGAUCGCUGCUAAAACUGGCAAGGUGAAAGCUGUGCACUGUAAAGCUGGUGAGACUGUUGGGGAAGGAGAUCUGCUCAUAGAACUGGAAUGAAA